CAAUGAUCCGGAGAGGUGCGAGCUGAUAUAUCCUUGCCACGCACAGUUUUCUUUUUUCUGCAGAAGGUACGAGAUGAGCGAUACGACACAGGCCUGAAUUAGCUGGAUUGCGUAAUGACUUCGUUGCAUUUUACAUGGAGUACUUGCACAAGGCACGCUUUGGCCCAAUAUGCCCACAAUUUCGGUAUGCACUCUGUAUGGGCUCAAUGGCAUAAUACAUAUAACGCCGCAAAACGGUAGCCCUAUAGCGUGUCGUGUGAAACGCGCCAAUGGAAAUAACUGUCACAGGGGAUGCAUCUACGGCUAUAAAAGCGCAAGGGCAGCGCGAGGAUCUCACAGCCGGCGGGAACGAAAUCAUUGACGGCCUCUUGCGAGAGGCAAGGGACAGCGACUCUAUACAGAAGAAGAUAAACCCUGUGAUUGUCAAGCACGUGGACCUCGACGACGGCAGGGGUCACGUCGAGAAUAUAUCUAUAUAUGGUCUCUCUACCCUCGCUCGCCAUCGUGACGUUAACAUCACUUUCAACGAUGCGCACUUGGUAACCAUCACAGGCCAACUGCGGGCAGAUGACCUGCACUUGACCGGUCGAUACCUCUACCGGCCGUCACGUUUCUUCAGACUUCGUGGAAGCAUUGGUGCCACUCUCAACUACUUUGUCGUCCUAAUCGGAAUCGAAGUGAACACCGAACUGAACAGAGCCAAUGUCACCACAUUUAAGGUUGUUGAAAUCGGAAGCAUCAAGGUAACCAAGUUUACCGGAGCGUCGUUCGCUUUCAACUGGCUCGGGAAGUUUAUCGUCAACAAGAUACUGAACAGCCGAAGCUUCUCAAUAUCUGAACGACUAGAAGCAAGUGGCAAAAAAGCGCUGAACCGGCUGAUGGAGGACAAGGAAAUUAGGUUAAGAUGAAACGCGAGGGCGCCAAUUUACUUCUCGUUUCGGUUUAGACUUAACACUCGCCAUGUUUUAUGAAUAGUGUUGAAUGACCGUCGAUUUGAGGCGGGGCUCUCGCAUUAAAGGUGUGUAUAAUAUUAAGGCUUACUGCCGAUACCGUAGAUAAUUCAAAUGUGAAUAGGUUCGGCAAUGAAAUGUACAGCGUCCGAGAUCAUCCAAUAAAAGAGAUUCAUGUUGUUGCGGG